CACGACUCACGACAUUCACAACCCCUUCCUCAUCAACUUAUACACGAUCGGUGGCAAUCCACAAAUGUCCAAAAGGGAUCGGCACGGAAACAUGCGCCCUAAGGAAGGCGGCAAGGCGGCCCCGGCUGUACCCCAGUCGCGUUUUGGGCCCAUGUUCUCCCAUUUCCGGGAUGAGCUGGAUGAGCACCAUGACCGGAGAGAGCGCAUCAUCAAGGCCUCAAGGGAUGUCACUGCUCUGAGCAAGAAAAUAAUCUUCUCCUGUCAGAGAGUGAACAAACUCGGCCCCCUCCCCAGACGCACCCAAGAAGACAUCGACAAUCGCAUGGCCGAGAUCAAAGCCCACCUCACUUCCAUCGAACCCGACCUCGCCUCCCUCAACCGCUACCGGUACGCCCAUUCCCUCCGCUGCCUCGAGGAGCUCGUCGAGGCCCUCGUCUUCGCCCACUACCUGCGCACCCAGACCCUGCUCGACCCGGACGCCGUGGAAGCCGCCGUCCCGGCCUCCAUCGCCCUGACCGAGUACGACUACAUGUACGGCGUCUUCGACCUGUUCGGCGAGAUGAUGCGCUUCGCCACCGUCACCGCCGCGCAGACCGGCCGGCUGGUCGGUGGGGAGGUGGUCGGUGUCGGUGAUGACGGCGGCGCGGCGCCCCAGGACGACAGUAGUGGCAGGCGGAGGCACAUUCUCGCGGACUUUCAUGAGCUCAGUGUCGCGUUCGAGCUCUUGCCCGAGGUUCACGACCGGACGUUCCGGUCUAAGAUGGAGGCGAUGCGGACUUCGGUGCGGAAGGUCGAGAAGCUUGGGUACGGGAUUGCUAUCCGCGGCUCGGAGAGGCCGAAGGGAUGGUUGCCGGAUUUCAAAGAUGACCACGACCCCGGUCAUGAUGAGUAAGUGUGCAGAGGCCUUUGACAUUGAAUGUUUGAUGUUGUGGCUUGACUGGCAAAGUCCAGGGUGUUCAUAGGGAGGUUUCAUGACAAAGUGCUAGGGUUGUCCCAUUUCUAGUUAAGCUGAAGCUGAAGCUGAAGCUUGUUCAUGAUCGCUGGCCCCUGGGGAAAAACCGAGCCUCCGGGCCCCUGUUCCAAAAUAUGACGGCAUUUAUGAAAAUCGAGAGGAUUUCAUGCAGAAGUUGUCGGCCAUUAUGAGACAUCACUUUACCUGCUGGCAGCUGGUGAUAUUUCAUUGCAUAAAUACGUCCUACUUCCAUUAGACUUGACGAGCUGGU